GGGAGCUGGGCUCGGCUCCAGCUACUCCAAUUCCUCCGUCCUCUGGAUUUUGACAGUUUUUGGGAUGAGGGGAGAUGAGCUGAAUCCCACGUGUCCCAGCUCAGUCUCCCCUCUAGCCAACCUCAGCCCCCACCACAUUUAUGGAGAGAAAUUAACCAGGAAAACUUAAAGAACAAGAGAACUACAUUCACACUGAGCUGGAAAACAUAUUUGGACAAUCUGUGAUUGUGAGAGUAGAUGAGUCUUCUAGUUAACCAUAUGAACUUUGAAACCACAGCAUUCACUUUCUUCAUCAUCCUUCUAAUUUGCCUCAGUUGCAUCUUCCUUUUAUUGGUGGUUUUUUUAUAUAAAUGUUCCCAAAGCAGGACAGAUGAAGAGACAGAAAAAGGUCCUUGUACAGGAAAUGAAGGUGAAGAUUGUCCAGCUGCUAAUACAGGGAUGAAUGAUUUAGACGACCAAGAAAAGACUCCUGCACCUGCAAGGCAUGGCAUUCUUGUCCAGAGACGGAGUAAAGAAGCGAUGACCACACCCUUAGGAAAUAGAGAGGAUGUGGAGGGUGAAGAAGAGAACAAAACAAAAGAGAAACAAAAGCCUGAGAAUGCUGGAGAAAAUGGUCAAGAGGUGAUAGGCUUUUCUACUCUUAAGAGGCAUUUAGUGUUUAAAGAAGAGGAUGACUAUUUGCAAAAACCACUCAUACCUGUCACUGGAAGUCCUUCAGUUGUUGAUAACCAUAAAAGACCCUUAAAAGGAGUAACAUUUUCUAGGGAGGUAAUCGUUGUGGACCUUGGAAAGGACAAUCCUAUAGCUCGAAGCUAUACUCGAUUACAUAAAGAGAGAAAGUGAAGCUCCAAAAAGGCUGAGAGCAAAAGAAAUGUAAUCUUAGACUAACAAUGAAAUGACUGGGGGUACGAAAUCAUGUUGAAACAGCAAAAUAAUGGGGAAUUAAGCAAAUAUGGAUAAUAUUUUACCUUUGUGCAGGAAAGGUGGACUAUGUGCAAAAUUCUGUAAGUAAAAUACCCAGGGCAACUCAAAUGUGAGUUCAAGAAAUCGAUUGUAUUAAGUGUCCUUGAAACUGUCUACUCAGACACUGUUGUACCAUGUGAAUAAAGUUAUUUGUGUUUGUGCA